UUACACUGAAAUAUAUUAUAGUUAGAUAUCAUAAAACAACAUAAUUAACUUCAAAAAGCAUAAGACAUUAAAAAAACAUAUUUAAUUAUAUUUGCUUUUUUCUUUGGUAAUAAGAAAUUAUUACCAAAGAUAUAAUAGUAUUAUUAUCACAUAGUGAUAAUAUUAUAUUUUUUUAGUGUUCAUCACAAGAAGCCUUAGACCCGUUUAGAGAGGGUGAGUCAUUGAAGACUCUUACAUUUGCCUCUCUCUGAAUUAGGACACACACAAAUUGAUUGUAAGUUUGAUGAUUAGUGUUCCGUGCAGUGCUACAUUCAUACAAUGUCGAUCGACAAGAGUUGGAUUAAUUUGACAGAUCGAUUAUCCGAUGAGUAUGAGGCUGGUGUGAUGGAUUUUCUCCAGAGAGCCCGGCAGUGCGUUGACUCAAGGGGAUUGGUGAAAUGUCCGUGUAGGAGGUGUGUCAACGUUGAAUUUCAGACAAUUGAUGUAUUAGAAAAUCAUCUUUUUGUAAAUGGUUUUCUACGGAAAUAUACCAAUUGGCAUUGGCAUGGAGAGGAUGAAAUAAUACCAAUGAGAGCUCGGAUAGAUCAAAAUGAUGAAGAUGAGAUGAUGGAUGUUCUCACUGAUCUUAUGCAAAAUGACAAUGACGAACAAGCGGAGAAUGAGCGCGGUCAAGAGAUACCUACAACUGACUACAGGAGUGGGCAACAUUAUAACGAUUUGUUUGCUGAGAUCGAGGCUCCAUUAUUCCCCGGGUGUCAAAAUUACACUUCAUUGAAUUUCCUAGUGAAGUUAAUGCAUUUCAAAGUGUUGGGAAAAAUUCCCAACAAAAUAUUUGAUGGAAUGCUGGAGUUGUUACAUGAUGCAUUUCCAGCCCCAAAUAAGCUUCCAAAAUCGCACUAUGCAGCGAAAAGGUUGUUGCGGAAACUUGGAUUGGGCUACGAGUCAAUCCAUGUCUGCAAGCAUGAUUGCGCACUGUUUUGGAAAGAACAUGCUGGAAAAAGCAAAUGUCCUGUUUGUGGAGAGGAUCGAUGGGUGGACAAGAACACCAAGGGAAAGAAAGUGCCUCAUAAAGUGAUGCGUUAUUUUCCUUUAACCCCUAGGUUAAUGCGAAAAUAUGCAUCGAGGCACAUUGCUCAACAUAUGAGAUGGCAUCACGAGCAACGUAUAAAAGAAGAUGGUGUAUUGCGUCAUCCUGCUGAUGGGAAAGCUUGGAAGGACUUUGACCGAAAUAAUCCAACAUUUGCAAUGGAACCCAGGAAUGUGCGGCUUGGAUUGGCUGCAGAUGGAUUCAAUCCCUUUGGUAAUAUGAGUCUGUCUUAUAGUAUGUGGCCAGUAGUGUUGACGACAUAUAACUUGCCACCAUGGUUGUGCAUGAGAGAAACUAAUUUCAUGUUGAGUUUAUUAAUUCCGGGACCUCAUUCGCCAGGAAAAGAUUUUGAUGUUUUCUUAAGACCAUUGAUUGUAAGAUUUUUGUGUUAUGACAGGGACAAGAAUCGCAAAACUCAAAAUAGUGGAGUCUCUGUAGCGGGUGUCGAAAAUAGUACUUAUUACGGCCAGUUGGAAGAAGUUUUAGUGAUGUCUUAUCUUUCUGGUUGUUCUGUUGUAUUAUUUAAGUGCAAAUGGUUUGACACUAAUCGGUCUUCAGGAUUAAAGUUUGAGCAAAACAUAACGAGUAUCAAAACCAGUUCGGAGGCCUUCAAAGAUGAUAAAUUUAUCUUAGCAACUCAGGCUAACCAAGUUUUCUACAUUGAAGACCUUAAAAAUAAAUCUCAUUGGAAAGUCGUCCAAGAAGUGCAUCACAGAAAUGUGUGGGACAUCCCACUAGUUGAAGAACAAGCGGAGGAUGUAGAAGUAGAUGUUAUGCACGACACUAGUUCCUCUAAUUUCCAAUUAUUCGUUGAUCUUGGACCGUUGCCACAAAUCAGCUUUGAACGUACGGGGGCUCCAUUACAAUUUGUUGAGAUAGAUAAUGUUGCAAUUGAGGAGGAGAGGGAGGAGGAAAUGGAAGAAGAAGAGGAGGAGGAGGAAGAGGAAGUGGAGGAGGAGGAGGAGGAGGUUGAAUAUGAAGAUGAUGAAGAGGAAGAUGAACACAUAGAAACCGAUGAUGAUAGUGAAGAUUAUUAUAGUGAUAAUUAAGUGAUAUGGCUGAUGUUAUUGCUCAAUCUCACGGGGGUGAUGGUGGAGGAUGCGAUCCUCCACGUGGACCGGCAGAUAUCCCAGCUGAUUGUGAACGAGGUAAUAUUUUACACAUUGAUAUACUCCUUAAAAUUUAACAAUUAAUCCAUAUUAAUUUUAAAAUAUUGAAUUUGCAUACAAUAGCGCCUCCAAGUAAACGUGGACGCCAUAAGGGAUUGAACACGCGGGAAAAGAGGGAACAGUUGGGGCGUCCUCUCCCUCUCGAGUGGGAUGUGCGGGGGAGAACAUAUAAAGAGAUCGGAGAGUACAGCUCAAAUUUCUCAAGAGAGCUCGGAUUACUUGUUCGACAGUACACAGAUCCGGACUGUCCUCAAUGGUCAAAAGUACCAAAUGCCUCGAAAGAAAGAAUACUUGCACAUUUGGAAGUAAGUAGUUUAUGUAUUUUUAUCUUAAUUCUUAUUUUAUGUUAUAUAUGAUAUUUACUAAUAAAUGUUUGUAAAUUAGGAUGAUUUGUUUGAUAUUGGGCGUACUAGAUAUGGAGAAGGGCA